UGUCUCCUUCGUCUCGUUUUGUCUUCGCUCUCCCGCCCUCGCUGUCAUUUUUGGUACGGUAUGCUCAGCGACACCUACAUACCGAACCGUCAACAAGACGAUGAUGGUUGCUGCACGGACCAGCGAACUUACUCGCCUAUGUACUUACUAUGAUUCGAUGCUAUUCAAAGCAAGCAAGUAGCGCAUCAUCGUGACGUAUAGUCUCCAACAACGCCGGAGACCAACUGGAGACAAGCCGAAAGUCUACAUACACUCGAGCAAGACACGAUGCUCAUCCAGACGCUACUCCGCCGCACCGUUCCCUGCAUCCGCAACACACACCGCGGCCUGUCUUCCACCGCUCCCCGACUGACAUCUCUACCCUACUCUUUCCUUCCAGCCAACUCUCUCGACCCGAAGCCGCGUACCAAGGGUCUUACGGAGAUUCGCGGUCCAUACUACGCGCCAGUCACGAAGACGUAUCUCGACGAGCUGCUCAGCGACUGGGGAGACUACGUCGAUGGCAUCAAGUUUGCAGGCGGCGCGUUCUCGCUCAUGCCGGAGGAGAGGUUAAAGGGGCUCAUCGAGACCGCACACAAGCACAACUGUUAUGUGAGCACCGGCGGCUUCAUCGAACGCGUCCUGUCCUCUUCCGGCGGUAACAAGGACGUCAUCUCAAAAUACCUCACGACCUGCAAGAACAUGGGCUUCGACGUGCUCGAGCUCUCGUCCGGCUUCCUGUCCAUCCCUACUGAAGACUGGGCUUCCCUCGUGGAGUUCACGGCCGCCCACGGACUGAAGCCGAAGCCCGAGGUCGGCAUCCAAUGGGGCGCAGGCGGCGACGCGAGCGUCGAGGAGCUCGAGUCCGCCGGCACGCGUGACCCCAAGUGGCUUAUCGACCGCGCUAACACGUUCCUCCAAGCCGGUGCAUACAUGAUCAUGAUCGAGAGCGAGGGCAUCACGGAGAACGUGAAGGCAUGGCGGACGGACGUGAUCUCGGCGGUGACGUCCGCGCUGCCGCGGGACAAGAUCAUGUUCGAGGCGGCGGAGCCGGAUGUGUUCGCGUACCACAUCCAGAACCAGGGCGCGCGCGCGAACCUGUUCAUUGACCACUCACAGAUCGUGCAGCUCGCAUGCCUCCGGCGCGGGAUAUGGGGCACGGGCAGCACGUUCGCGCGCGUCGUGACAUUUGACGGCUCGCAGGAUUCUGGGAAGGCCGGGAGCGGGGCCACCGAGGUGCUGAGCCGGGUGUACUGGUAUCAAUCAGCUACACGUCUGUUGUUCAACACAUGGGUUAGCGAAAGCACGACGGCAUUGCAUUGA